AUGUCGUAUUACCUGUCCAACAUCCUCACAAACACAACAUCCAAGUACAACACACUCCGGCGCAACCUCCUAUCCGACGAAGUCGACGGCGACACCGAAGACGACUCUCACCUAUGUCGAGCACUGCGCGCAUACUACACUGAGCAGAACAAAGCCUUUCCACCUUGGCUGCCCAACGACCCCAAGCGCUCAGCCUCUGUGCAGACAACAGCAUCCUUCACAUCCAGCCUGCGACAACCGUCAUCACAACAAACACCUACAAUCAAUGCUCCUCAAGGAGGUGGAAGAGGCGGUCUGAGUGAUCUUUGGGAUACCCCUGGCCAAAAACAGCCGUCACCACAGCCUCAGUCACUGAGAGUGAGAGCACAAGAUCGCAGUGGGUCCUUCCAAGGACGGUCCCAGGGAGGGGACAGCUUGGCGGCACCACGACCAUUGCCCAGUCAAAGAGCAGGGAGCUAUCAGAGUACUAUCGCUCAACAGCAGCAAGGAAGCGACCCUUCACCACCGGCCAGCAGUGGAGGCACGGCGCAGGAGAGACUCAAGGCCAGAUUGUGGGGAGCUGCUAGAGUCAACAGCGCGGCAAAUGUAGCAUCGGCGGCCGGAGCAUCAUCUGGAGGAGCAUCACCAGCAGGGUCUGGUCGCUUUGCCAGAGGUUGA